AUGAUAAUAUAAUUUUAAUUUUUUUUUUAAAUUAUUAAAAUAUUUUUUUUUUCAAAAAGUCUUUAUGCUUUGUAAUUUUAUGUUUUUUUAGCUUUAAUAUAUAUAUAUUUUCAUUUAUUUUUUAAAAAUUAAUUUUUUCUUAUAUUAUUUUUAUUUUUGGAAACAAAAUUUAAAUAAAUGGAAAAAACAAAAAUUAUAAGAAAAUCAAAAUAUUAUAAAAAAAAAUAAAAAGUUCACGAAAUAGUUCAUGAAAAUAAAGAUUUUUUUUGCCCUAUAUGUCUUGAUUUUAUAUGCGGAAGUGUUUCAAUUAAAUGCGGGCAUACUUUUUGUGAAUAGUGUUAUAUAGAAUAUGAAUUAUUAUUCGAUUAGUGCUUGAUUUGUAAAUAAAACUUAAGAAAUUAAGAAUACAGAUAAUGUUUUUUACUUGACAAUAUAAUUUUGGAAUAUAUCGAAAAGCAUUAAAAAGAUGCAUUAGAAAUAUAUUAAAAUAGAAAAUAUGAAUAUUUAAAAUGGAAACAAAAUAGGAAAGUAAAUAAAUUCGAAAUUGGUUAAAAAAUAGACGUUAGAGAUGAAUGGAAUCAUAUUUGGUGUUCUGCUAUUAUAUCGAAAAUUAAAAAAAAUUAAAAUUAAGAUUUACCAUCUAAUAUUAUUGUAUAUUAUCUUCAUAACAGUGUACAAGAAAAUAUUCCUGUGGAUUCUAAAAGAUUAGCACCAUAGGGAUUUUAUACAGAUAGAAAAGAUAUUCCUCAUUAUGAUAAUUAUAAAAUUAAAAAUUCAAUUAUCGUUAAAGAAUUAUGUAUUGGUUCUCCUUUAAUAUGUUUGAGUGGUGUAGUUGCAAUUUAAUUUGGGGUUUUUUCACAUGUUGUGAAUCUUUUUAAAUAAAAAUAAAAUCUAUAAAAUCUUCCUAUAUACCAAAUGGCGAUUUCAGGAGGAAUUUGUGGUUUAGUAUCUUGUAGUGUAUUAGCCCCUAUGGAGCACAUAAGAAUUAGAUUGUAAGUAAUAAAGGAAGGAAAAAGUACAAGCGCAAUAAAUGCUUUUAAACAUAUAUAUAUGUAAUAUGGAUUAAAAGGAAUUUAUAAAGGAUUAUUUAUAACUAUUUUAAGAGAAACUCCUGCCAUGUUUAUUUAUUUUGGAGUUUAUAAUUGGAUGAUAAGAUACUUUUAAGCAAAAUAUGAAAAAUCAAGUAUUGUGUAUUAAUUAGCUCCUUUGUUUUCAGGUGCAUUAGCAGGAAUUGGAUAUUGGUCUAUUAUAUAUCCUGUUGAUACUGUUAAAUCUAAAAUUUAAACUGAUAGUUUUAUUGGAGGUAAAUAUAAAGGAAGUUUAGAUUGCUUUUAAAAAACUAUAAAAACAUAAGGAAUUAAAUAACUUUUUAGAGGAUUUGGUGUUACUAAUUUAAGAGCUGUGCCUGUAAAUGCAGGAAGUUUCUUUGUAUAUGAAAGCGUUAAAAUAUAAAUUGAAAAAUAGAUAAGAUUAUGA